CGGAGUUCACAGCAGGAUACUUGUCAUCGUAGAGGACAUCGUUGACAACAUGAUUUCUCUAAGAACAGGAACACUGAUAUCUCUUUUGGUGGCAAUGUUGGCCUAUUUGUAUGUUCAAAAGUAUCACAAAGAACCAAAACCACAGCAACCGGCCGACGGGGAACAGAAUCGAUUGUAUCAAGUUUUGUCAGGCCUCUUGCGAGCUGAGAAAAAGGUGGCUCUCGUUGGAAGUCGAGUGGCGCUUGGAUUUGGAGGCUGCCAAGACAUUCUUGUAGAAGCAAUGCCAUUGUUUAAUAAAUUAAACAUUCAGCCUCCAACUACCCCAAAGCAUCACGACUCGGUGGAGACAGAAGAAGAACUGUCACAAUUAUUAGCUUACUUUUUCAAGCAUGGUGCAGCAGCUGAGCGAUAUAUAAGCAAUGAUACCCUAUUCAAAGAACUGACUGACACAUCUAAGACCUUGCCGGGACACCGGUUAUUCCUUGGUGGAAAUGCUCCAGUGAUGGCCCGUCGUUUGGCAAACAUGGGGGCAGAGGUUUUGUUGGGUGCCAGAUUUGCCAAAGAUCUCAUCAAUACCAUGCCAGACAAUGUUAAGAUUGUAGGUGAAGUGUUGGAAGAGAACGACAUCCACCUACUGUUAGAAUACAAGACAGGCGAACAUUGGGGAGAGUAUCGAGCGCCUCGUGCCAACAGGCUGAUAGUACACAGUGAUAAUAGUAAUCCCUACCUGGAGACACUGGAAGCACUGGAGAAGGAACUGCCGAACUUUGACCCUUCCAUUCUAGUUAUCGGUGGACUGCAAAUGAUGGACAACUUCCCUUUCAAAGAAGGGGAAAGAUUGGAGCGUCUUCAUAAACUUAAAAAUAUGUUAAUGAAAACACCCAAGAAAACAAGCAUCCACUUUGAGAUGGCUUCAUUUUCUGAUGAAAUCCUGAUGCAGGAGAUUUUAGACAAUGUUGUUCCGUAUUCUGAUUCUCUCGGAAUGAAUGAACAAGAGUUACCUAACCUAGUCAGCAUGUUGACCACAGGCAAUGUUUCCCUGGUGGCAGACGCUUAUCCAAGAGUAGCGUCUACACUUGAUGAAAUGCGAUUGAUCUACAAAAAGUUGAAGAACACAGAAGAAAUUGGCGGUAAGCGUAAACUGACACGUCUACACGUACACACAUUGGCAUACCAAGCCAUUCUGACCACCAAAGGCUCGGCAUGGAGAAACACAAUGGCGGCAGCUGCCAAAGCUUCUCUGACAGCUUACCGUCACGUCUGCGAUUCAAAAGUGGUGGAUCUGAUGAAGGCUCGACUCAUCAUGGACGAGUCGUUCUCGACGAGUACGAUGUCAACUGCUCAGCGGAUUGCCAUGCAAGAGGACCGCCCAGUGUCGUGCUGGGAGGAAGAUGACUACCAGAUCUGUAUCGCUCCGGUGCUUGUCUGUACAAAUGUCAAACAGACAGCUGGUGGAGGGGAUAACAUUUCUUCUGCAGGAUUAAUAGUACAAGUAGAAUAACUCAAAGACUUAAUUUUUAAGUAAUAAUUUACUGGCAAAACAUGGACAUUUUGGGGCUAUUUCAUUUUUAAAAUAUGUUAUUCUUACCACCACUAGAAUAAUACAAAAUCAUUUUUGUCCCAUUUGAAACAAAAUUGAAAAACAUACACACAAAUAAAACUUGAAAAUGCCAGUUUUGCAGUAAAUGGUAUUCUUUAGAAAAUCAAUUUCCCGUCUGGAGUAAAUUGAAGAUUUGUAAGGACCACCAGCAAACAUUCCCUAGCCUGGUAAAAUUUUGUGAACCUUAUGUGUCACUCUUUCCAGUACCAAUCAGGCAUAGUUUAGGUAAAGGGUACCUAUUAGUUCAACAAUGUAAUUACCAAUGUCAUUAUUGUAAAAUAUAUUUAUUCUUUUUAGAACUUUUGAAAUGAAAUAUUUUGUAAAAAUUAUAUGGUGCCAUGUAUUUGACAGAAUUGUAGUUGUUUGAAAAUAGAAAUGAAAAAGAAAACAAGAAAAACUUUAGGGUUCGAACUCCUAGUCCACCUUUUUUUGACAAAGUAUACACUUUACCGAUGUUGCUACAGAGGAAUUAUAACAAAGUGUCCAAUUUAUGGGCCACAAAGCAUAUGAAAAACUUGACGGGGGAAGUUACUCUAAGUUAGAAAAACUCCUUUAUGUUGCUUCAUCUUCUUUAUAGAGGGGAGAACACUCCAAGUGAAAAACACUGAGUGGAACUCUUCUGUGCCAUUAAAACUGAUGCAGUGGUACCCUUCACCUUAACUAAAAAGGAAUCAAAGGCAACAUAUCAUGUCUCUAUAGGUACAUUUUGUAUAUUUGUAUUCAAGAUUUUACUUAUAAAAUGAACUGAACUCUAUUGGUUAUACAAAUGUACUAGUAUAUGAUAUACUUCAUACAUAUCAUCACCUGUGUUUCAUUAGAUACAUCGUAUAUAUGAUUCUGUAGUUUUCGCAAAGUCAUUUGAUUGUAAAUUGAAAUACUUCUUGCAUUGUUUAUUGACAAACACACAAACAAGGAAUAUUUAUUGACUUGAUCACUUCAUGAAGUAUCUGACAAUUUAUUUAAACCUUUUUCGUCAGAGCAUGAGAUAUUUUUCUAUCGUUGAUUUUACAAAACAAAUCCUUGCUUUGAUUUGAAACUUCUGCACAUGCAUAAGGAAAAAAUAUUUUUGUGAGUGUGGUUCACGUCAAUUGCCUACUCCAAUUUAAGAAUGUUUCAUGUCGUGUAGCCAGAAUUACAAAAUUAAAUGCAUGUGAAAAUGAAGUGUUAUAUCAAACUUUAAGGACACAAGUCAUAGUUUUUUUUGUUUGAGUGACGCUGUCUUGUACCUGUCCUGUUGUGUAAUAGUCCCGGUUUUAUAUGAUCGUUAUUUUGUUGCCAAUACUUAUUUUAUAAUCCUCUACAUGUGCCAAUGUGAUGUUUAAUUUGUUUUAUGUUUGUUGUGUUUUUCGUAAAGAAGUUUUUAUACCAAUGUAUGUAUGCUGUAUACGGGGAAAUGUUUGCCCAGUCAAUAUUUCGACCUUUGCUCACCAAAUCAAUUUUCGCCCAGUGUUGAUUCUGUCCUUCACAUUGAAUUACUUUUUAUUUAUAUCAGCUGUAAUGAUAAAUUUGCCCUCAUUAAGGAAGGCGAAAAAGGUAAAAAUUAAACUCCAGUGAAAAUUUCCCGGUACACAGUAUGUAGAUGGAAAUAAACUGUUAUAUUUUUUCCUACAAAAGAAAUCCAUUGACUUAGACAUAUCAGAAUUUAAAAUAGCAUCAAGGAAACUUGUAAAAAUGCUGUAAGAUUUUUUUUCUUUUAUCAGAAAGCUCACAUCAACUGUCCAGCCAUAUAAUUUUCAAUAUUUUCAGUUGUUUGUGACUUGUUUUUUGGGGGUUUUUUGUCUGGUGUAAAAUUUCAAGAAUUUUUUUAAUAAUUGAAACAAACCUAUUGCUUCUUAUGAACAUCUGUGUAGCAGUAGCAGAUCAAUACCAGGUAUAUGUACAGGUACACUGUUUUAACCUAAAACUUUGGUCGCAGUUAUUCUAGACAGUGGGUAAGAAAACUGUUUGGACAGAACAGUAUUUUAACAUCGGGAAGGGGUCCAGAAGUGAACCACAGUACAGGUAAUUCCUGGUUCUAUAUUUUUCCACACGCUCUUCUUUAAAAGAGUGUACUUGGAAACUACUCAAAAAGUUUCCUUUAAUUCGUUACUGUGAAGUACAGGUUCUGGUGUACUUUUUUUUGUUUUAACCUAUGAAAUUACAACUCAUAUUUGUUUCAGUAAUUUUAGUGUUCAUAAAUUAAUUUUGAUGAUGUAUGAUUUUCCCAUAGUUCAUAAUAAUAAGCAUACGUUUAAUGAUGAUUACUGGUAAUUUAAAGUUACAGUAAUCUCAUAAGGAAUUUAUCAUUGGAAACAUUUUUACUUAAUUUGAAACCGGAUGUUUUUGCAUUUUGUGUCUGCUACAAUAAUAGUUCAGUUAUAUUGUUUACUGUGAUUGUUCUAUGUUAUAUAUUGAUUAUACUACACAUUUCUAUAUCUACUGGCACUUUGUACCACAGUCCAUCACUUUAUUAAGGUAGAAAAAAAUAACCCUUUCACCCCUAUGGAUCUUUAGUGAACUCUUCAAUGCUUUGAUCUGGAUGAGUCCAUUAUGGUCUACAGUGGUGAAAGGGUUCAUAAAUGUUAAAGCCAGUAAUAUUUGCAAUAUUUCAGAUGUAUGGUAGUUAUAUUUGUGUUGACUUUGAUAUAAAAACUGAUAAUUGGAUUUAUGUAGUUUAGGAUGCUUUCGCAUAUCCCGGGUUCUAACGGUAGAGAUGGCUCAGAAAUAUUCUGCGAUAAAUGAACAACUUGGACCGCACCAGUGCAAGAGCUUAUAGGCAAAGCAAAAAUAGCACAGUUUCAGACUUUUGCAACAAAUAAAUAAUAAUAUAUCAAGAAUAAUAUGUUCUUCUUUCAAUCAUGCACUAAAUUUUGUACCAUUUCCUGAAAAAUACGUGUGAAUCAAUCUUGUUUUUUGCAGCAAUGAUGCAAACUACGAACAGCUAGUAUUUUAGUUUCAUUCAGGCAUGUCUGGACCCCUCUGAUAUACACAUGCCGAAUAUUCCAGGGGGCAACCUCAGUUAAGAUCUGAGCCUGUUGAUUUCUUUUCAAGCUCAGCUGGUUGAAUAAUGUUUGAACCGAAUAUGCGAAAGGGACCUUAGUGUACAUAUGAGAUUAUAGCAAUGUGUAUUAUUGUAUACUGAUGCACAGUAUUACAGUUUAUAUGUAUAAUGUAUAACAGAAAACAAUGUAUAUCAUUGUAUACUGACUUUGAUUGUAAUGUAUGAUAAAUGUUUUACGAUAAUUUAUAUGGAAGUUGGCGGAAUUUUCCCCCCCCCCCCCCAAAAAAAAAAAAUAAUAAUAAAGAAAAGUCUAUUUUUCAAUAUUUCCUUGACAGAGACGCCAUCUUAAUUUCUAAACUUGAAAUAGUCUUAUUUUAAUUGCUAUUCAAGAUUUUAUUUCAGACAAGUUUGUACUUUUACCAUUUGGUAAUUUAAGCAGUCAUGUUUAGAAGUUUUGCUCAGCUGCUAGUUAUUGUGAUACCUCAGUCACUGAAUGUAGCGUGUCACAGGGCCAAGGCAUAAGGUGGUAGCUGUAGUUUUAUUGAUAAAUCGUGCCUUGCCCCUGUGUAAUGAACGAUGAAAUUGUAUGCCUGCCUUGAACCUGCCAAUCCUGGUAUUUUGCCUAUCGAAUACACGUGAUACAUUAUGGAUAUACUGUAGUUAUCCUGCAAUAAGCCCAGGAUGUCAACACAUAAUCUGUGACUGAAAGUAGGGGGUGGGCUUUUUACAGGACAAUGAAAAAGCUUUUGUUGGCAUUUUUCCUAACUGCAAUAUAUAUUGGUGGGUUUAUUACCAAGCAUGGGUUUAUUGCCAGAUAAAUAUGGUAGAGUCUUUCAGUGGUGAACACCUUGUUUUUAUUUUUGAAUUGAGGUUUAAAUGAAACAUUUAUUAGCUCACCUGGCCCGAAGGGCCAAGUGAGCUUAUGGCAUGAUGCAGUUUCGGGCGUACGUCUUUCCGUCGUCAACAUUUUACUUUAGACAGCUUCUUCUCAGUAACCAAAAAGCCUAGGGUGAUGAUAUUUGGCCAGAAGC